ACAAUGACCCUGGAACAGGCUGGUCAUGUGAUACAAAAAUGCCCAGAUAUACUGGGCAUUUUUGAAAUUCCAGAGAUAAUGAGAUGCAAAUUUGACGCUCGUCUCAAGCUUUAACAGAGACGCAUUAAUACAAGCGAGAUAGGAGAUAGCCAAAAGAUGGAUGUGUUGAAACGUUUGGAUUUUGUAUUUAAUUUGCACGAAGGUUUUCCUUCUCACUGCCUUAAGCCUAAACAAGUUCAAUGUUUUGAAGCUCUUUUAAAGGGCAGGGAUGUUGUAGCUGUCCUUCCUACGGGUUAUGGAAAGUCGUUAAUUUUUCAACUUCUUCCUGAAGUUAUACCACAAAAAAGUACAAGGAAUAUCGUUAUUGUGGUGUGUCCUUUAUCUUAAAUUAUAGAAGACCAAGUGCAGUUUUUAAACAGUGUUGGUAUUUCAGCAAUGUCACUUCAUUGCAAUAAUUGUUCCACAAGCUCUUAUGAAAGUUUGUUUGCCGAAAUGAAAACUCAUGAAGAAAUCAAUAUAUCAAAAAAGGUGCAAGAAGGGGAUAUAAAUCUACUCUUCGCUCAUCCAGAGGCAAUACUUUCCGAGCAAGGCAGAAAUUUAUUAAAGUCAACUGUGUAUCAAGAUAAUGUUGUUGGAAUUGUUAUUGACGAGGCCCAUUGUGUAGAAUUUUGGUAAGUAUAGCUAUAUAUACUGUUUUUUUCUUCUCAUAUAUUUAUUUAAGAACAAGUUAGCUACAUCUUAGAAACAUUUUUGACUAAGUUAAAGUAAUUUACAAUGUUAUGACUAGCUAUGUGUACUGUAUUGUGGAAAACCUAAAGUAGAUAAGCUACUUGCAACUCUGCAGUUCGGGUGCAAGUCCUGAUUGGGUUUUUGUACAAUAGCUGGUCAUGUCAUUAAAUUACCUCGAAUAGCUAGCUAUACAUAUGGAGUCAAAAAAAACUAUUCAUUUCAUUUUGAUUUUACGUUUCGAUUAUUUCUUUGUCAGGUUGACAAAGAAAAUAAUUAAUAAAAAAUAUAUAACAAAAUAAAUUAAUAAGAUGCUGCUCUAAAAAGGACUAUGUACUUUUAUAUAAAAAAAAAAAUUAACCAAUAAAAUAUCUAAAUAUACAUUUCAGGGGAGAAGAAUUUAGAAAAGAUUUUAAAGAACUUUCCACAGUGCGCACUUAUUUUCCAAAAGGAUCUAUGUUAGCCCUUACUGCAACUGCCUCACCUCAUCAUAUAACAAGUUUAGUGAAGUCAUUGAAUAUGUCAACAGCAAAAGUUAUCAGAGUAAAUCCCAACCGCAAAAACAUAUUUCUUGACAAAAAGAUCCGCAAAAGUAAUGCUUCUGGAUUCGAAAGCUAUGAGAAUAUAUUGUUACCUAUAGCAAAUUCAUUAAAUUCAGUAAGAGAACAAUUUCCAAUGACAAUCAUUUAUAUGAAAUUAAAAUAUUGUGGUCUUGCCUUUAAUCUAUUUGAAAGAAUUUUAAGCACAUUUCAAUACGUGGGAUUUGAAAAAACACCAUCUAGUCGUUUGUUUUGUCAAUACCAUGCA